AAUAACAGCAGAGCAUCGCGAUUUGAAUGUUUAAAUGCCAUGUUUUGAUCAGACUCAGAAGCUUGAACACGUUGACAUAAACUGACGUGAUUGUAAAAUAUCUUAACGUCAGUUUAGUAAAUUAUUGAAGAAAAUUGUCCAUCCACACAGUUCACAAUGAUUUCCCGUAAAAUAAAAAACGAUGUGGAUUCCUUGCCGGAUAGGGAAAACUUGGUUGCGAAAUCGACAAAAGCGACUCUACUUCAGCAUGUACCGAGACCUGCUUUGGGUGAAUUGGGCAACCGAAUGCACAUUACUGCCAAAGGUGCUGGUGACGUAAAAAAGGGACUUGUCGGAAAAGAAACCAAAAAGGUAUUUCCAAAACAAAAUUCGACAGCCUAUUUAAAAUGUCUUGAUAAAGUAACCACUGGAAAAGUGGCCGAUAAACCCACUGCAAAUAUCCAAGCAAAAAAUGUCACAUCAAAGCCGAUGAUAUUUACUGACACAACUGAAGCAUACACCAUUAAACAGCUUUCUAUAAUGGAUCCGGAUGAGGAUUCUAAAAAUGAUCCACAAAUGGUUGCAGAGUAUCUGGGAGAUAUUUUUAAUUAUUUACGUGAAUUGGAAGAUAAAUAUGCAGUUGAAAAAGAUUUUUUAUAUAAUCACAAGUCUACGCCAAAGAUGCGUGCAAUCCUUAUUAACUGGCUUGUUGAGGUUCAUCAAAAUUUCAAGCUUUGCCUUGAAACUUUACAUUUGUGUGUGUCCCUUGUCGAUCGUUAUUUACAAGUGAACAAGACUGUUGGACGCGAAUUACUUCAGCUUGUUGGCACCUCUGCAUUACUCAUCGCAAGUAAAUAUGAGGAAGUUUACAUUCCUGAUAUAGAAGAUUUCACAUAUAUCUGUGAUAACACCUUCAGUAGGAAACAAGUAUUAACCAUGGAGGCUAGUAUUUUGAAGACUUUGGAUUUUAAUUUGGGCAAGCCUGCCUCUAUUCACUUUCUCAGAAGAUACAGCAAAAUUGCACAAGCAAAGAGUGAACAUCAUAAUUUAGGAAAGUACAUUUUGGAACUUGCACUCUUGGAUUAUAAUUUUGCACAUGUGAAGCCAUCACUUCUAGCUGCUGCUGCAUGUUGUUUGUCAAUUGCAGUUAUUGAUGAUAUUAAGAACGUCAAGUCUGUGUGGACAAUCCUUUUAAGAAAGUUCUCGACUUAUUCAUAUGAUGAUAUUAGAGGAAUUAUGUGUGAAUUGGCAGUGCUUAUUGAUAAGAGCCCCAGCAUGAAAUAUCAGGCAGUAAGAUUGAAGUAUGCAUCAUCAAAAUUCUUAAAAAUCAGCUUGAAUCCAAAUUUGUCUGGAACCAUCAUUAAAAGACUGAUAAUGCACGUGCCCAAACCAGAAUAGUGAUUUGACUUUUUUUAUACAUUAUUUUAUUUUAUUGAUUAUUUGUGACUUUUACUUAACAAUUUACAUCAGCUUGUAUUUAUAAUGAAGGAAUAGAUUUUGUAUAUAUAA